AUGCAGCCCCAGCUCCUUCUCCUCGGGGCGCACGGCGGCCACAGCGGCCAGGCCUCGCGGCGCGUGCGUCUGCUCCUGCGGCAGGUGCUGCGAGGCAGGCCCGCCGGCGACGGGCAGCGGCCGGAGUUCAGACUGCUGCAUGCCGGGGCGGGGGCCGACACAGGUGAUACAAUUAAUAUUGGCGAUGUAUCCUACAAGUUGAAAACUCCUAAGAACCCAGAACUUGUGCCACAGAACUACAUUUCAGACUCUCUGGCUCAAUCUGUAGUCCAGCAUCUAAGAUGGAUAAUGCAGAAGGAUCUUUUGGGGCAAGAUGUCUUUCUAAUAGGACCUCCUGGGCCUCUUCGGCGUUCUGUUGCUAUGCAAUACUUGGAGCUGACCAGACGAGAGGUUGAAUACAUUGCCCUGUCCAGGGACACUACUGAAACUGAUCUCAAACAGCGAAGAGAGAUCCGUGCAGGCACGGCUUUUUACAUUGAUCAGUGUGCAGUUCGUGCAGCCACAGAAGGCAGAACUCUCAUUUUGGAAGGCUUGGAAAAGGCAGAGAGGAAUGUUCUGCCAGUUUUGAAUAACUUGCUGGAAAACAGGGAGAUGCAGCUUGAAGAUGGACGAUUCCUGAUGUCUGCCGAGCGUUAUGACAAACUUCUCCAAGAGCAUACCAAAACAGAGUUGGAUGCUUGGAAGAUUGUCCGAGUUAGUGAAAAUUUCCGAGUGAUUGCAUUGGGCUUGCCAGUGCCAAGGUACUCUGGGAAUUCAUUAGACCCCCCUCUCCGUUCUCGAUUUCAAGCCAGAGAUAUUUAUUAUCUCCCCUUCAAGGACCAACUUAAACUAUUGUAUUCAGUUGGAGCCAAUGUUUCUGCUGAGAAAGUUUCUCAGCUCUUGUCUUUUGCCACAACUCUCUGUUCCCAAGAAUCUUCUACUCUUGGACUUCCAGAUUUUCCUUUAGAUAGUUUACCAGCUGCGGUUCAAGUUCUGAAUUCCUUUCCUAUGAUGUCAAUCAAACAUGCAAUUCAGUGGCUUUACCCAUACACUAUUUUACUAGGACAUGAAGGGAAGAUGGCUGUGGAAGGUGUUUUAAAACGCUUUGAACUCCAAGAUUCAGGAAGCUCUCUGCUUCCUAAAGAGAUUAUAAGAGUGGAGAGGAUGACUGAAAACCACCUCUUCCAAGCUUCUGUGACUGUCCGGGUGGCAAACAAAGAGGUGACCAUUAAGGUGCCAGCCGGGACUAGGCCAUUAAGUCAACCUUGUGCAUCAGACCGUUUUAUACAAACUUUAAGCCAUAAGCAGCUACUGGCUGAAAUGAUGCAGUCCCACAUGGUUAAGGACAUAUGUUUAGUUGGAGGAAAGGGUUGUGGAAAAACAGUCAUCACUAAGAACUUUGCUGAAACCUUAGGAUACAACAUAGAACCUAUUAUGCUCUAUCAGGAUAUGACAGCACGUGAUCUCAUACAGCAGAGAUACACUCUUCCAAAUGGAGACACUGCCUGGCGUUCCUCGCCCCUCGUGAAUGCUGCUCUGGAAGGCAAGCUGGUCCUGUUGGAUGGCAUUCACCGGGUCAACACAGGCACACUUGCUGUAUUGCAAAGGUUAAUCCAUGAUCGAGAACUGAGCCUGUAUGAUGGCUCUAGGCUGCUGAGAGAAGACAGGUAUAUGCGUUUAAAAGAGGAGCUGCAAAUGUCUGAUGAGCAGCUACAGAAGAGAUCCAUUUUUCCUAUCCACCCCUCCUUCAGAAUCAUCGCCUUGGCAGAACCCCCUGCCAUUGGAAGCACAACACAGCAGUGGCUGGGACCAGAAUUCUUAACCAUGUUCUUUUUCCAUUACAUGAAACCGCUUGUCAAAAGUGAAGAAAUCCAAGUGAUUAAGGAAAUGGUCCCAAAUAUACCUCAGGAAGCUUUGGACAAAUUGUUAUCAUUUACACACAAACUCAGAGAUACACAGGAUCCAACAGCACAAUCAUUGGCAGCAUCACUUUCUACCAGACAACUGUUGCGGAUUUCUCGUCGGCUAUCACAAUAUCCUAAUGAAAAUCUUCACAGCGCUGUUACUAAAGCCUGCCUUUCCAG